AUGCCGACGCCGACGGAGCGCGCGGGAGCGAUGGAACGAGACGCGCGGGAAACGCGAGGGCGACCGCGCGCGGAGACGCUCGUGGACGCGUUCGAGUCGCUGCCGAGGGAGGAGCGCGUGCGCCUGGUCGAGCGGUACGUCCUCGGCGACGCGGACGACGUCGAGGCGCCGGCGGUGGCGAUCGAUGGAGCGGCGGCGAUCGGAGGCGCGAUCGCGCGCGAUGUCGAGCGCGAGGACGAGGACGCGGCGCGCGGGAUGACGGAGGAGGAAUUGGCGGAUUUGAGAGACUUUGGACCGAGCGAACGCGCGCGGGGCGACGCGCUCGGCGAGGACGCGUUGGUGGAUAAAUGGCGCGAGAUUUUCGGGGAAGAUCCACCGGAGAAUAAUGGAGGCGGUGUUGAUGAUAUAUUAGGCGCGGACGACGGCGCGUUCGGCGGUGGGGUGCUGGAAGAAGCGCGGAACGCGGCGACGAGACGCGCGUAUGCGGCGGAGCGCGGAUGGAAAAAGUUGGUGAACAAAUUCGGUAGGCAAGGCGCCAUCGUCGCCAGUGGCUUCGCGAGCGUGAGCGUGGUGGCGGUGUUGAGCGCGCUGUUCGCGACGUCGAACGCGGACGCGAAGUCAAAGGUCAAGGAUGAGGCUGGCGGCGUCGCGCCCGCGCUCGAGAGCGAAGACGACGCCGUCGCCGGCGACGUCAAAGCUUUCGUCGAGCCAACGCGACGCGAAGCGCCGGCACCCGCUCCUGGGGGCGUGCUAUGGGAGCGCAAAGUCAUCGUCGACGAUGACGAUGCCUCGCCGUCGUCGUCGUCAUCUUCGGCGAGUAACGGCGUACUGUGGACGAGGCGGAGCGACGAAGAGCGUCGCAAACCUUCGGCGCGCGAUCGCAUGGGGGUUCCCACGGCGACGUUCGAUGACAGAAAUAGAGAUCGGCGUGGGAGUGAGCCGCCACCACAAGUCAUAUGGACCCGCAAGAACGAUCCAGAGAUCGACGAGCUCGAUGAAGAUCCGCAAGAGCGCUCGCCGCCGCGCCGCGCAAGCGAGGCGUUGGACGACAACCUGGAAGAUCUUCGUGCGUUCCGCCGUCCCGAUCGAGAGUCGCCGCGAUGA